GUCCUGGCCCGAGGUGCUAUUUAAGUAAUGGAUCAGAUCCCAGGUGCGGGAGAGCGCUGGAGCGCGUGAGGCGUUUACAGAGAGAGCCACCGCAUCAGCACCGCAAUGAAGCUUUUAAACACCGCGGUCAGAAUUUUCCGCAGAGACCUGCACUCUGUCGGGAUCAUCGGAGCACCGUUUUCUAAAGGACAGCCCAGGGAUGGUGUCCAGCUGGGACCAGAUGUGAUUCGGGAAGCGGGACUGGUGAAGAAACUUGAAGGCCAAGGUUGUGUGGUGAAGGAUUAUGGCAAUCUAAUAUUUGAAGACGUGUCCAAUGAUGAGCCCAUUGGGAGGACAAAGCAACCCCGGGUGGUUGGUCUUGCCAACAAACAAGUUGCUGAUGCUGUGCAGAGAGUUAAGAAUGAUGGUCACACCUGCGUGAUGCUUGGAGGAGAUCACAGUUUAGCAAUUGGUUCGAUCCAUGGUCACGCAGCCUACAGACCUGAGCUGAGUGUAGUGUGGGUGGAUGCCCAUGCUGACAUUAACACACCUUUAACCAGUCCGACAGGAAACAUCCAUGGGCAGCCCAUGUCCUACCUCAUCCGUGAGCUGUGCACUAAGAUUCCUGUCCUGCCAAACUUCUCAUGGAUUAAGCCUUGCAUAGCAGCACAAGAUGUAGUGUACAUUGGACUCAGAGAUGUAGACCCAGAGGAACAGCAUUCCAGUCACAUCCUGAAACACCUGGGUAUUAAGACUUUCUGUAUGACAGAGGUAGAUAGUCUUGGAAUUGCCAAGGUUAUGGAACAGAUGUGUGAUCACAUAUUUUCAAAGAUAAAAAAACCCAUCCAUCUGAGUUAUGAUAUUGACGCCCUGGACCCCUCAGUGGCACCAGCCACAGGGACCCCAGUGAUAGGAGGCCUGACGUACAGAGAGGGCAUCUACAUCACGGAGUACGUGUGUCAAACAGGGCUCCUGUCUGCUGUUGACGUCGUGGAGGUGAACCCAAAGCAAGCCAAAAGAGAGGAAGAGGCACGUUUUACAGCAAAUGUGGCGGUGGAUCUUGUGUUAGGCUGUUUUGGACGAGUGCGUGAAGGAUCACACGCAGCCGAUUACAAAAUCCCAGACCCAUAAAUGCAAAAUGUUCAGACGUAUUCCUGGAAAUUUCAUGCGUGCCACAAGAUUAAUUGUAGUAAAACAAGACUUUGGGCGACACAAACAGCGUCAAUGGAAAUGCCUACAACAGCACUAAGUCAUCCUGUAACAAUUUCUUUUAUGCCUGAAAUACCCUUAAAAUAUACAGGAAGUAAGCUAUUGAAGAAAACCUAUUUCAGAAAUCCAAAUCAAUUAAAUUCUAUAUUCCAACUAUAAAUAGAACAACCCUCCAUCCACUCGUCCUUGUGGUAGCAGCAUAACAAAAUGAAAUAACCACAAUCAUUUUUAUUACUUAUUUUUAUUCAAUUACCAACAUGAGUGUUUCUCUCUCUUGUGGUGUUUCACUGCUGACAGAUUUGUUGGAAAGCUUUGACAGAAUAAAAGCAUCCAAACAGAUAAAUA